AUGUCGCCUGCCCAGCCUCGGAACCUCUGCUGCAUUCUCUCCCCCUCUGCUCUCCCUGCACGCUCCCGCCCCUUCCUGCUCCUCCGCCUCUUCUCUUCCGCUGGUCCCUGCGUCUCUCGCCGGUGCCUCUCGCUGGAUGACCUCCGCUUCGGCGCUCUCAGCAUCGGCGAUCCAGGGAGACCGUCGUCGAUCGCCAUGCCGUCGGGAAGUCGGGUACGACCGUCCAGCCGUUUUUUCCUUUUGCCGGCGCCGUGUGACUGAACCUCCUUCCUGUUCCGAGCGGGGGUGUGGAAUCACCUGCCUUCUUUCUCCUCGGGGUUCACACUGUCGUCGUCCUCUCUCGAAGUAGAGCGAUUCUAUCUUCCUCUGUUGUUUUCGUCUUUGAUCUCAACAAUCUUUAACGUCCUUGAAUAUCGACGGACGUCGGCUGUGAUUUUUGACGUUUAUAAGUCUUCUAUCGGGCAGCGGAAAUCGGCCGGUUCAGAUCAGGAACCUAGGCAGAAUCAGCAGUCGUCCGCUACUGCGGGUGAUGGAGCCCCGGCCGCCGAGGCUGUGACCAACCGACUGAGCCGGCUUAUCUUGCCCGCGAGCGAUGCUCGGAGCCCUGUUGGUGCGAUCCCUUCUUCUUCUGUUUUAUCUCCCUUGCAGUUUGGUGUCGUCCAAAAGUCGGAGAACGUCAUUACCUUGCAAGGGUUGAAGGAUGCACGGGUGGUCAAGUCUUAUGGGACAGCGAGCGGACCUGUGGCGGUGGAGGUUGACACAGGAGCUGCUGUUGCGGUCUCACCUGACAAGAGCUCUUCAUCUGGGGUAACCUCUCCGAGUACGGAAGCGAGCGGGUUGCCGAAGUUGUUCAAAGGGCCCUUGGGCGGAGAUUUUACUGUGGAUACCCACACUUUCGCGCGGGCUCAGAUCAGGGCUACUUUUUACCCGAAAUUUGAGAACGAGAAGUCGGAUCAAGAGGUAUGACUGAGUUUUAUAGAGCUGUGCAUUUAAAAUGGAUAUUCUCAUCGUGAACCCUGUCUAUGCAUAUGAUGCAGUUUAAUGGAUCAGCAAAAUUUUUAGUGCUCUCGAGAACACCUAGACAUCGGGGCUCAGCGUGGCUGGGUCGUUUCUGUCGUAUGUUCGCAGGCCUCUCUUGAUAUUAUGAGAAGCUACUAUCACUGGUUACUUGGGAGAAGUGAUGUCGAUCUUUUCCACAUUCUUUUAUUUAACAAACUCUGUGAAUUAUGUGACACGUUCAUUGCAAACUUGAUUCUGCAAAUGCGGAGAAGGUUUGUAUUUUCCUUGAGAAAAGCUACGCAGUUAUCCAAUAUUGACCGGAAAUUUCUAUCUACUUCCUUAUCAUGUUUAUAAUAGGAUUUGUAUGCAAGUUUAAUUGUUCUUGUUUUCUGUUGAUGGUCUGGAGGAAUGGAGUAAACAUCAUUCAGUAGAGCUUCAUAUAUGUUGAGAACCAGCCAGUGCUAAAUCUCAACAGAUCUUCAAAAUUUAUCCUGAUCUUUGAGAUUUCAACUGCGUGCUGGAGUGAGAUGGUUUGUUGACCUAUGCUAUCUGGUUAGAUUAGGUUAUGUUCCCUAAUUCAGGCCCUUAGUAAAUCUCUUGGGAAGAAAUGUGGCUUAAAAAAACCAGAUCUGGUGUUGAAUAUAUUCAUUUUUUUGCUUAUUAUAAAAAUUCCAAAAUCUUUAAGUUUAUUGUUUGCAUUAUUUUCCGAACAUGCAGUGCACUUUACACUUUAUUGGGGUGUUGAUUUCAUGGUCUGUACUGACAGGUCAGGUCGAGGAUGAUAGAGUUGGUUUCACAUGGUUUGGCCACCCUGGAGGUAUGGUUGUAAACUUUCCAUGAUCAUUUAAAGUCCGCAGGCGAUUUUCAGUAAUAUUGUAAUCGUCAUUUCUUGGUGCGAUGAUAGUAAUAAAUUCAAUGUGCGCAUCAAAAUGGUGAAGAUGCGAUUCUUGCUAAGCUUGCUGAUGCUGAACUCAUUACAGGUAUCCCUCAAGCACUCUGGAUCUCUGUUUAUGUAUGCAGGACAUAAGGGUGGAGCUUAUGCGAAGAAUAGCUUUGGUAACAUGUAUGCUUACAGUUGCAUAUAUUUUUUGGGCCACUUUUUUAUAGCUUUAUUCUUGGGAAUAUAAUUAAUGCUAUUUGUACCUCCUUUUUUUUUCUUAUUCUUCGUCAAGCAACUGAUAAAAUCUCUCUUUUGUAGAUACACUGCAGUAGGUGUUUUUGUUCUUGGCCGGAUGCUUCGUGAAGCAUGGGGUAGUCAGGCAAGUAGGAAGCAGGCAGAAUUCAAUGAUUAUCUAGAGGUAAUUUAACAACCGUAUUGUUUCCAGAAUUGGAUCUCUAGCUGAAUAUGCCAGCGUUUAAACUUGAUGAUCCAUUCCUAUUUGGAUUAGUUUAUCUCAAUGGUCAUUUCUGUUUUUAGAAAAAUCGCAUCUGCAUUUCAAUGGAGCUUGUCACAGCUGUUUUAGGGGACCAUGGGCAACGACCCAUUGAUGAUUACGGUAUAUAUUUCUUCUUUUACAUCCUUUCAUUUGUAUGUAAGUAUGUAAAAUUCACCUAGGGUACAACAAUUGUAAUUCUGUGGAAUAUAGUAUUAUUUCUGUUAAACUCUUCUCUUGAGUUCCUUUUGGUUUUUCUUUCUUAUAAAUCCCUCUUCUUUCUUUUUAUUUGUCUACAUGUUAUUUCCUUAUCGAUUUGAGUAUUUAUUCGUGUACAUAUAUUACUCUCAUGCAAACUCGUCUAGAUUGCGAAAGUAACAUACAAACUAUUUUCGUGGUUUGUCAUCCUUUCCCACGAGGGUUGUCUUUUUUAUUCUAGCUGCACUUUUGAAGGAUUACAGCCAUCUCUUAUUGAUUCUUUUUGGUUCUUGCACUGUUACACAUGAGCUGAAGGUGUAAAGUGCAAAUAUAACUGCAGAAAAAUUAAACAGUGGAGACGAUUUCCAAGAGGUGGAAAAGAUUAUAGGCAGAUACAGAACAGAGCUGAGGACGGAAUUAUCGGGCUCCUAAACAGUUCUGGAAAUCUAGGAAGCUUGCUGGCUUAAAAGGAAUCCUGAAUGUUGCUGAUUUGUACCUUUGGGCUUUCAUGUAGUAGCAUUACCUGCUAUAGCAUUUCCUUAAAUGUGGCUGAUCCUGAUUUGUACUUCGUACAUUCUACUUCUUUUUAGAUAAUAGUGGACUAAACCACCUUAAAGAGAACUCAACACUUCUAUAUUAAUUAAGCGUUGAGAGUGUUUUUAGAAAAUAAUUUAUGAGAUAGAAAAUGAUAAUUGGAGAGUGUGGAAACUGUCUUCUUCUUGCCAUAUUGGUAUAUCCCUUCCUACCGUAAAGAUGGAGUUCCUCCAAGUUUGGCACAUGUCAGAUGCUUUCUUCAGACAUGUCAUCCAUGAUUUUUGGAGGCUAUUCAACUGUCUUAUGAGCAUGAUAGGUUUUAUGAAUUUUCGUAAAUAUACUAGUAUAUCAAAAAGGUUCUGUCAAACAUAUUUGGUUGAAUCUGCCCUCCCGUUGGAAAAAAAAAACGAAAUAAACCAAUGAUUCAUCAAUCGACAUCUAGUCUAACAAGAUGCUAGAUUAGAAGUUUUUCAUCAAUAUUUUAAUGGCGCUAUAAGAGAUUUCCCGAAGACAUUCUUCCCUUGGUUGAGUUUUUGCAGUUCUCCUGGGCCAUUACAAAAUUUCUCUCAUUUUGGCCAACCUGCUCCCAAAAAUAUGACUUCGUUAUGGACAUCUUGUUGUUCUCUCAUGGCUUGCUGGAACAUUCUCUGGUUCCUUUCCCCCCUACAUUCCCAGAUAAUAGCAAGGAAAAGCGUUGCUUGCCAUUUAUCUUUAGGAAAGAGGAACAUUAAAAGUUUAUCAUAUACAAUAUCGCAGACAAUAGCAGAAAUCGGGGAUGAAAUUCUUUUUCCUUGGUCUCGUGUAAAGUAUUCUGCACGUGAGUUCGUGGUAGAAUUAGAAAUGUUUUAGGUUUUGAGUUUAUGUUGGUUUUUUGUUUAAUUCACAUUACUACAGCCUAUAAAAAGAUUUUUCUUUUUUGAAGGCGUUCCAUCAUUUGCAUACGGUAACAGAAGGACGUAAUUAUUAUUUUUUUGAAAUUCUUUAUAUGAUGUCUAUUUAAUCGCUUUGUUCUAUUCAUAAUGAUGCUCAUUUUGUUUUAUUUGUUAUUUUUGCUCUUUUAUUAUUUCUUAAUGGUCCUACUUGGCUUUUUUCUCUGCAGUUGUAGUAACUGCUGUGACAGAGCUUGGUAAUGGUAAACCAAAGUUUUAUUCCACGCCUGAUGUGAUUGCCUUCUGCAGAAAGUGGCGACUGCCAACAAAUCAUGUUUGGUUAUUCUCUACAAGGUUUUGAAUCAGCUUUUUACUCCCAAGAAAAUAUAAACAAUUCUGGAAACAUGAGAAUAUUACGAUUUUCGGGAUAUUUCUGUACACCAAUUAAACAAGAGUUUGGCAUCAUAUCUGACACAUCUGUUAUUCCAAUCCUUAUGUGUUAGGAAAGACUAGUACUGGUCGUCUGUUCACUCCUGUUGGCUAGGAUGUAUCGUUCUGUGCCUAUUAGCAUAAUAAUGCCCUUUUUACUGUAUCAUAAAAUUAAUUUUUCUAUUUCUUUGAUCUGCUUUAUGUUCCUAUUUCUUUCACCACUGCAAGAUUUAGUAAUGUUGACAAUUGAUCUUGAUUGAGAUUCGUGCAACUUGGAGAAUGAAAGGUGUCGAUCUUCACGAUCCUCCUUUUCCAGGAAGAUGAACUAGUCACCACUUCUUGGAGCAGGGUUUCCGUAAUCCGAAAUGAUUGUCUCAAUUAUCACAGUUUCCCGCUUAGUUAAGGUUACAUGAGUUAAUGGGCCAGGCCCAUUACAUUAAUCUUUACGUGGAUCCGUUAAGAGUCUAAUGGAUCCACUUAACACAGGGGAUGAUAGGAAAGGACCAAAAUACAAUGGAAAAGAAGCAGAUAGAAAGGAAAACAAUCCUAGAAAGUUCACCAAGUAAUAACAGCACUCUUCCUGGGACAUUGAUAUAAGUUCCUUGUGCUUUGAAUUCCCUCUCUAAGUGUGAAAUGCUACGAUGCAUCCUCAAAUUUUCCCGUGUAAGCAUCAUUUUUGUGACAACAAGGUUCAGUUUGCGCUAUAUUUGAUACAACAUCAGUAGCACGUUAAUUUUAUAUGUUACCUUCACGUCAGCAACUUAGUUACUGCUAUAUCAUUUGCAUUUGUUUUAUUUCUCAUUCUGUUACAUUUCUUUCUUUUCUAGGAGGUCGGUAAGUUCUUUCUUUGCUGCUUAUGAUGCAUUGUGUGAAGAAGGAACUGCCACACCAGUAUGUAGGGCUUUAGAUGAAGUUGCAGACAUAUCAAUUCCAGGUUACAUUUCGAUCUUAAAUUUUUCUUAGGACAUUCUGCGUCCCGUUUCAGAAUUUUUACAUCAGUUUCCGUGUUUUCAUGCGUGUAGUUUUCUGUUCGAUAGAUAAAAGUAUUCCAUUUGAUUUUCUGUUUUGGAUUUUCAUUCUUUAGUUGAGUUGGAGUCAAGUGAGGAGCCUGGGUCAGCGUUCUAAGCUCUUGCUAAUUUUUAGGAAAAAUGUGAACUAUUUACAUUUUGAAAUUUUAUCUUGGUUGCUAUUCAGGAUCAAAGGAUCAUGUGGAAGUGCAAGGUGAAAUAUUAGAAGGUCUUGUUGCUCGUGUUGUCAGCCCAGAUAGCUCAAAACACAUGGAAGAGGUUCUGAAGGAGUUUCCUUCGGCUCCAUUAGAGGGAGGUAGUGUUUUCUACGCCCCCUUCCGUUGGAUUUACAUCUUUCCUGAUAUACACGAUGUGUGACGGAAUUAUAUCUUCAGCUAUUCUGGGUGCGCCUAUAAAUGUUGUCACGCUUAAUGUAUAUUCAAUGUGAUCGUGUUUUGUGCUUUUCUAGAUUCGUAUGCGUGCCUUUUCAUGUAAUGGCAGGAGUAGCAUUGUAAUACGGAAAACACUAGAUUAUGUUCGUGAUGCUGUGCUGAUCUAUAUAUGCAAAGUUGCUGCUAUGAACUAGUCUUUUGAUGUGUUGCACAACAAGUGUGGUUCCUUCCCCUGAAUCGUGAUGGGUAGCUUAGUUCACUCUUGAUUCUUCUCUUGAUGUGAAUGUUUGGCAUCAAUGGAUCUUCAAUUUUUCAAAGUGGUUUUGAAGAUGUUUGGGAGAGUUUGUUAUCUUUUCAUCCGUUAAUAAUCAGAGAUUAGUGGAAGAUAAUCAUAACCGUGAACUUCUUUUAUUUUUUAAAGUUUUGGAAAACAUCUCUCUGUCUCUCUUAGAGAUGGGGUUAAAAUUUAUAAAAAGAGUUUUCUUUUAGAAUCAUUUCUCCCCAUUCCAUAAUUAUUGUUUUCAUGAUUCUGUUUAUACGAAACCUUUUCUGAAGAGCUUGCAAUAAAAUUAUUUUUGAAGUGCUCUUGUUUCCAGCCAUGUUUUAGAAUUUUCGUUUUGUAUUGUGCUCGUAGUGGACUUUGUGGGGGAGAGUGUGUAGGGGCGGACGCAAUAUAGUCACUGAACUUAAAGGCCUAAUAGCGGAUGUCUAAUGACGAUUCAUUGCCUAAGCUCUUAGGCGAACCCAGUUUUAUAUUUAUAGUAACGCGUUUCACCUUUUAGUAACCAAUAUCAGGCUAUUCCUAGUAUUCAUUUUUCUAGGAAAGGCCACACCAGAGACAGAUUUUUACAUCUGUCCUUGUCCACGCUGGCAACUGCCUUAACUUCGGUAUCAGAAAAAAUAAUAGCGUGAUACAGAAAUAUAGGAAAACUUCUGGAGCCUAUGUACUCUUCUAGGAGGCCACUAGAACAGUAAAAAAAACAGUAAGGAUUUUCUUUUUCUAGUGUUGAAAAUCUGUGUAGUUUCUUUUGAAUUUCUGUCGCCUCUUACGGGAAAAUGGACAUAAAACUGGGAGGCUUGGCGAUCAGAGGACAUUCCUUUUCUACAUAAAGUCGUAUCUAACUAUACGAAAUGGAAUACAAUUUUCCACGCAUCCGGGACAAUCAUAUGCUACAGAAAACAAGGCAUGGCGAUGGUCCCACUUUGCAGUUCAUAGAAAUUCUUCCCGCAAAAGGGGCCUGUAGAUCUCCAUAAUUCAUUUCAUGCGCAAAACUUUGACUAUUUUCACUCAUAUCUUAUUCAUUUUUAAAGUCAAUGUUCUGUUGAUGACUUUUUCAGUUGGCUAUCAAUUAUCUUGCCUCUUUCAAGGCUUCUUGAACAAGUUUGUUUUUAUUUCUCAGUCUAUGGAAUUCACUUUGAUUUUAUCACGAGAUCGGGCUUGCGAAUCAACGAAUUAUAAUUCUUUACCUGGUUUUGAUAAAUCAGAUAAAGCAGCUGAUUCAGGAAAGGGCCAAUUAUUUUUUAAUUUAACAACAUGGAGGGACUUUUGACAGAUUUUUCAGACUUUUUUCUACUUUUAAACCUUUUCCAAUGCGAGGAAUUUUGAAUCUACUGACAUCAUUUGGGGAGGAGGGAGGCAAGGUCCAAUCGCCUCUGUAACUGGACGGAAGAAAGAAGAAGCAGGCAGAAGAUGACUGCUUCUAUGCUCGGCUAAAGAUAGAAUGGCUUCCCGCACCUGACAACAAAAGAGAAGAGGGUAGAAAGGAGGAAAAAUGUUUAUGUCGCUUGUGGCUCACUGUUGAUGGUUGUCAUUUGGCGCUACUACCUUCCUUCUGCCUGAUGUUGUGGCUGCUGUACCCCUCCAUGCUGGUCUUGCCCAUGAAAGUGACUGAGGUCGUAGUGUGCCAUAAAAGGGACUGAGGUCGUAGUGUACUAUGAAAGGCUGAAAUCUUAUUUAGUAACACUGAUUUUUGUCUUUUGUGUUGAAUUUCUAUCAUGAGACUUGUAAAUAUUUAAUAUUUUUUUUAUCACCACCUUAGUUGCUUUUAUCACCUGAAGAACCGUCCAAAAGUCGUCUUGCCAUAUCUAGCCGUCCAACGUGAUUUUUGAGAUGUAGUCACAUAAACCUACCAGUGGCUUAGAGACUUCUGUUGAACUUUCGUGCGAGUUUCUGAAAAUAUUUACCUUUUUGGUGAACAGCGGACUUGAUGGUGGAUGUGGCAGCAGUGCGGUGAUACCGUUAUAUUGGAUAGAAGGAGAUGGCUAUGGUUCUAAUACCUGCAGCCUAUUUAGCCCAACCUAAUUUGUAGAUCAUGGAAUAUAAUUGUCCAUAGUUGAAACUAAAACCUACAUUCACGUAGUAGUUUACUUUAUUGAUAAGGACUAUCGCUCAUCUGUAGUAGCUUAAAAUGUUUAAAGUUCCUUUCCAGUAAGUAUUGUUGCAAUUGUCAAUGAUUUUUAAGGCGAUUUAUUCUGGCGUUUGUGUUGAAUUCCUACAUACUGCAGAUUGAAAUAUUUAGGGAGGAUUUUUGUUUAUUUUCAAGGCAUUUAUUUUCCCUUGUGUUUCAGCUGGACAUGAUUUAGGACUUACCCUGCGUGAAGUGUGUGCUGCAAAUAGAUCAGAUGAAAAAUUUGUAAGUCAAGUAUUCUAUAGUAAUAUAUUCAUGUUUGUUUGUGCUUUGCAUGUUGUUUACAUCGUAAUAAUGUCUGCAUAUGUUUCAGCAAAUAAGAUCACUUCUUCAAAAUGUGGGCACUGAUAUGUGUCCGGACAACGCAGAUUGGUUUGGGAGUGGAACAGUUGGUUCCCAUUCUCAAAAUGCCGAUCGAUCAGUUCUGUCCAAAUUUUUACAAGCUCGCCCUGCUGAUUUUUCAACAACAAAGUUACAGGUAUGUCAUUUUUUGUAGGUUCAUUUGCCUUCAACGAUCAGUGGCUCUUUAUCAUUAUGUGUACAGCGGUCAUAUAUUAACUUUCUGCCUGACAUAAGCUUUCCCUUUGAGAAACCAACAUGAGACUGUUGGUUCAAUGCUUAAAUUGCCAGUACGAAAUUCUGUGGUCUGAGGUUUGAGCGGCAUUUAUUUUCCUAUCAGAAUGUGCUCCGUUUGUUUUUUCUGUUCCCUUUCAAAUGUUGUGCGAAUGGUAUCCUCAAAUUAUCUUGUGCACCAUGACUUUUAAUUUGAUAUGGAUUGGAUUGUUGGUUUUUAGAAGAUUCUUUUGUGUAGUUGGUAAAUUUAAUUUUUAAAUAUUUUCUUAUUUAAGUAUGAUGGAUAUUUUGUCCUGUAAUUAUUGGAAAGGAAUAUAGACCAACUCCAAACAUGCAGCACUUGAUUUUUCUUUUGUCUGAGAGUAACUAGUGGCUUUUGACCGAAAAUUUGCACUGACACUUUUCUAUCAUCACAUAGCAAGCUCUGUUAUCUAAGAGUUCGCAUCUGUUACAGUGAAGUGUAAGAAGUCUAUAUUCGUGGGCCUUGCAGUUGAGGAUCCAGUGGCUACUCUCAACAUAAACAGCAUGAAACGCAACUCUAUUCUGGAGCUACCUUGUAUCGGAUACAGAGGGCUUAUGACUUUGAGAAGUUACAAUUCACAAAGUUAGCUAUAGAAAUAUUUCCUUCCGUAUAACCUGUAGACUGGUAUUAUGAUGUGCUCCGAAACUCUGAUUUUUGACUCUUGAUUCUUAUCUUUAACCUUAAUAUCCAUAUUUUAACUAUCUCAUCUGCCCGACGUUUAAUUGAAAUGUAUUGUGUUAAAGUUCAUACGCAUGUAACUUUCGGAAAGAGUACAUGAAUAUGAUGGCACAUUCUAUAUUGCCCUUUUAAGCAGCGGGCUUCACGUACCCUAUAAUAGCUUGAACAUUAACGCGAAUUAGGUUGUCAAUUUGGGAUGAAUACCAAACCAUUUCCCUCAGCCAUCUACCUGUCUCGUUCAUCUCUGCUUAGAUUUACCUUUUACUGUUCCUUUUUUUGCAUUGGUUCAAAAAAUCUUCAGUUACCCUGGAAUCAUCGCUGUUUCUAAUCGAAUAGAUUUGUUAGAUUUUAGGUGUUUAUAAUAAAUAUCCCCUGUAUUGAUCAAAUGGUCCUUAUGCAUUCUCUGCUUUAUGUUGUUUGUCCUCUUUCAGUUUUCUACCUUCUGAUCGCUGGCUCAUAAACUGCUUCAACGUAAUGACCUUUGCUUUUUGACUGGACAGGAGAUGAUCCGUUUGAUGAGACAGAGACAUUUCCCCGCUGCUUUCAAGUGUUACCAUAAUUUUCACAAGAUUGAUUCAUGGUCAACAGACAGUCUUGAUUUUAAGAUGGUUAUUCACGUCCACAGUGAUUCAGUUUUCCGCAGAUAUCAACAGGAGAUGAGGUUUAUUCGAUACCCUCUAUGAACAGUGCUUCUAUUUUCGAUCUCUUCAUUUGUGUUAACCUUAUAGAUUUGCGUGUGUAGCAUUGUUUCACCUAUUUUUUCAUAUUUAUGAUGCCAUGUACCAUUUUGCAGGAAAAAUCCGGGAUUAUGGCCACUGUACAGGGGUAAGGAAUCAUAAGUUCUAAUUUUCCCAACAAUGGCUUUAUUUGUUCUCUUUCUACAGUCUCAUAUCCAUUGAGCUGAUGCUCUUCUGUAGUGUUAUUUUCCUAUAAACGGAAAAUUAACGCUAUUCAAGGAGGAUUCUGGUUUCGACGGCGCCAUUGAUUCUUCAGACUGGUUUAUCAUUUCUGUAAUGGGAGUCAACUGGAAUGAUAGAGCUAGUGCUUAACUGAUGCACUUUCUUGGCUAAAUUAAGACCUGAAGGGAUAGGUGUUUUCUAAACCGUUUGUGCAAGUAUUAACCUUUCUCAUGUGCAUCAGUCAUUGCGAACACUGCUUGACUGUUUUGGUUUCAACUUCUUGAACUGAUGAAGCUAAAUGUUUGCGUUUUAAGGAAGGCUUAUGGGAUGAUUGUUCAAAUUCGCUAAAUUUUUGGGAACUAGAUGCCAUGGUUGUGUCUGAUUUUAUUGUUAACGAGACAACAAAUGAAAUGAAAGCUCUACUGGGAUUGUCUCCUGUUAAUUAGGUGGGCCAAGAAUGAAGAAAAUUCUUUUGUGGGAAGUGCUACUACUGAAUGUCUUGGGAAGGACUAAAAUAUGUGUCAAUUUUUAAGUUGGCAUAUCUGUCAGACUUUAGUUUAUGCUUUCUGUGGUGUAUGACGUGACGGCAGUUUAAGCCUGCUGGCUCUGUCACGAGUGGAUUAUCUCUCCAUGUAAUUUAAUUGUAGUAAGCUGACGUGAGGUAUCAGUUUGCGUACUCCAUUUCAUUGGCAACAUGUGGUGCUCUGGGUUUUAAAUUAGUUUUCUUUGUUAGUAGUCUUAUUAGUCUUCAAAGAAAUAAAUUAUUUUUCUAUCGUAGGUUUUUUUGUGGACAUCAAUAUAUUUAAAGGCAAAGAGAAGACUUCUGAACGCACAGACGAUAACGAUUCUCUGCUGAAGAAUAAGAGUGGCAGCUCUACCAGUGGUUCAGCUGUGACAGAAAGUCUAGCUGAUGAAGAUACAAAUCUGAUGAUCAAGUUGAAGUUUUUGACAUACAAGGUGGCGUUUGUUUUAAGUGGUUACUUUUGCUUUUAGAAUGAAACAUGUGACGCCUUCUUCAGAUUUUUCUGUUGUUAUGUUUCUUGUAUUUCUGCCUAUCAGAAAUAUUUCCUUGCUUCCUUCCUUGAUUCUGUGACUAUAUAUGAUUCGAAUCGUAAGAAACUUAUGAUAAUACAUAUUGUUUGGUUUUCUUCUCGUUGGGUGAGCGUUUUGCUUCCUUUCAGACUAAGUUUGGAUGAUUUCUCUCUGCUUAUAUAUUUAUGCAUAACAGAAAUCCUGUGGUGUUUUAUGAUUAACGUGAUGUUAAAGCUUUUCGACAAAACGUGUGACAGAGUUGCGUCCUUUCAUUUCUUGUCUUACCAAAUUCAUUACUCGAGUGUAAGUAAUGUAGAGAUGAAACGACGAGCUCUAAUGUAUGCAAAUACAUGAAUCUUCGGUUAUGUUAUUUGGGAAGCGUAUGCUGGAAACGAAGACUGAACUAGUUCAGGGCAUCAUAUUCCUUACCUGUCGCAAGUGGCAUUUUUCCUUACAUGAGGUCGUGCCGAAGUUAAUCAGAUGCGAUAAUUGAGAGUGGCGGCCUAAUUCGUGGAAGAUAUAUAUGCAAGCUCAUUGGAAAAUGAAUAUCUUCUUUUUAGAUGAAUUUUUAAUAAAAUAGACCCUCUUCUGUGAAAAUUUAGCCUCGCUAGCUGUCUCCUUCCCUUCCUCCCCCAGAUCUUAUGGUUGGUGGAUGGUUGAUCUAAGGAACUGGAAAUAAUCAGAAAAUGCUGCGUUCUCUAAAUCCCUCACUGUACUGGCCAGUAUAUUUUUCUUUUGGCUGACAGUGAUGGGGCAUGCUGACACUGAUGUUUGUUAUUGAAGACAUCAUAAAUGAUUUAUGAUGAGAACAAGCGAAGCAUAUAUGGCUUGUGCAUUUUCAGACCAGUUACAGAGGGCUCGAUAAAUCAACAUGAAAAACCCUUUUAGGGCAUAUGCAUGUGGGCUGUCCGAAAUUGUACCAAUUUGAAGAAAAAUGAUGUCUUGUACUCAAUAACUGCUUGUGUUUUUUUCCUUUCCAAUGUAUUUGGUUUUUUCAGAUUUAGCAUGUAACUGCUCUUAUGUUGAAAAACUAUUACAUCAUAGUGUUCGGUCUUUUCCAAUAUUCGAUUCUCUACGUCGAUUAGUUAUUUAUCAUUAUCCGUGGAGUUAGCUCUUAAUUUUGUUAUAUCCUUGCACAGAUACGUACGUUUUUAAUUCGUAAUGGGCUGUCAAUGCUUUUUAAGGAUGGUCCUGCUGCGUACAGGACUUAUUAUUUAAGGUACGCUCUUCUAGUCAUAUGUUCCUUAAGUUCGUAGUAAGUAGGGGAUAUGAAUAGUUUUAAAGGCAUUGGCAUUGCCGCUGGUGCCAACUCCUUGACGUCCAAAACAUAGGGUAAUGGCAGGUAUACGUCGAACGUAGUAUGAUGAGAUAUUUUCAAUUUAAACUUCUGGCUUUGAGAACAGGUUCCUAGUCCAGAUGCUCUUGGAUAGAUUCUUAUUAUACAUUAACUUCUAUAUGCUGAUUCACGAUAUUUUAUUUAAUAAAUUACAUUUAUUGGAAUGCUUUCAAUAGAGAGUUCUGUUGACGUGAAUAGGCAAAUGAAGAUAUGGGGCACAUCAACUCGGAAGCAGAAGGAACUCUCCAAAAUGCUGGACGAAUGGUAUUUAUUUUCUUUUUGUUGACUGUAUUCACUAUUUCCGUUUAUUUGGUUAUUCUUCUGUUCUAUUUCAUGAUUGAUUUUGACCAGAUUAUGUUCAAUGUGUAGGGCUGGUUAUAUCCAAAGGAAAUGCGGCCAUAAGAAGCUAGCAUCGUCUACAUAUUUAACUGAAGCUGAGCCUUUCCUUGAACAGUAUGCAAAACGGAGUAAAGAGAACCAGGCCCUGAUAGGGUCCGCGGGUAACUUAGUGAGGACUGAGGACUUCUUGGCUGUUCUUGAUGCUGAUAGAGAUGAAGAAGGGGACCUUGUCCGCCGGGAUGAAUUGGCGCCCCCGCCUACAACAACGGUCACGGACAAAGUUCCAAAGAAUGAUGGUCUUAUUGUGUUCUUUCCUGGUAAUGUUUAGUAGUUUCUAGGUGUUACACUAUUUUCUCGUUGGUUGCAGUCAUUAACCAGGAGUGCAUCUGUUGCAAACUUUAUAGGUUUAAGUGUUUAUCUUGUGGAUAUGUUUAUGCAGUUCAAUUUCUUUUUCUUGUUCUUCAAGUUUCAUGCUUUGCCUGAUGAUGGUGCCGUAACAAUUUGUUUUUCCAGGCAUACCAGGUUGUGCGAAGUCUGCCUUAUGUAGGGAGAUCGUCAAUUCGCCUGGUUUACUUGGAGAUGAUCGCCCAGUGCACAGUUUGAUGGGUGACCUGAUUAAAGGUCUGUUCAUGAUCCAUAACAGAACAGAAAUUUCUAUUCUUAAAACACUUGGCCUAAAUUUUUCUUUAUUGACAAUAUGAAAACCAAUGCUUGUAACUAUAUGAGCUAAUGUCCUUUUGUUCGUGAAGCAGGAUAGUAUUAGUGUUCAGAACUCGUGCCCUUCAGAUUUUUUCUCUUGCACAAUUCACAAUUUUAAAUUAGUAUAUUAUUAAAUUCAUUAGGAGACACCCGAUUUGCAUGCAUAUUGAUGCUCAAUUUGUCUUACGAUCUGUUAAAUUAUUUUUAACCUCCAAUACCUAUACGUUGUGGCUGAUUAAUUUCUAGUAAUAUGGUACAGCUACUUCCCCCACUCUUUUUACUUCUGUGUGCAACAGUAAACAAUCAUUUUUUUCUGACUUAUCAGCUAUCAUUCCAUGGUAUAAUUCUUUUCUUCACUCACCAGUUGCACUGGAGAUCCGGCACAUAAAAGUCAAUGGGUGUCGGUUAAAAUUGCUAGUCCCAGGGGCCAAUCGUAUUGAGGUUUAGAAAAUGAUCCCCCUCAAAAGAACCCUCUCCAUUCAGUUCCAAACUGUGAUCUCCUUUGGGACCCCUGAUGUUUGUGGUUAGAACUUGCACUUUACAAUACAAACAGUAAACUGAGAUACUGUCCUGUGGACGGUUAGUCCUGCAGGUUUAAGGACCAUAUCCUCAAGAAUCAGGUGUUGUGGGGGCUGUCUGGAAUUGAUAAUGGUGAGAAGACAACGUGAAGAGGAAAAUGAUUGCUCGUAGGACCAGUAUUGAGACGAGACCAAGAGUGUGACUCUGGGGCAUUGACUGUGUUGGGUUAGAGACUGUCAUUUUUCUUGUGAAUCCUGAUCACAUUCUUCCAACGCCUCCAUAUUGAUGUGGAGAAAAAUAACGUAAAUAGAUCCUUAAAGAUUUUAUUCAUCUUAGUGACGGGAGUUUAGCCUUUGGGCCCUGGUCGCAAAGUACGUGCUUAGUGUUGGUUCCUCUGUGGGGAACAAGAAAGAGGCCUAGGAGAAGAAAAUAGAAAGGAAAACUAGAAGACAUGAAUGGAAGGAGAGUUUUGUGAAAUUACCCUCAAUCAGUAGUACCUACCCUAGUUCAGCCACCUAUAUUCCUGUGGUCUAGUGUACAUUGCUCAUAACUUGAUUGAUUGCUAAAUAUAUUUUUCACCAUUUCCGACUUAAACAGAAUCUAUAAUGCUCCCAACUAGAGACGAAUGAAAUCAUAGGCUAAAAAUUAUGCAUUCUCAAUGAAGAUACAAAUGAUGUUAAAUUACCUGGACAUCGAUUGUCUUUGAUCUCCAUUGGGACAUUCUAAUUAUCAGGUUAGAUAUGUCCAUUGGCUUUAAUUUUUAAAUUGUAACAGAAUUUAAAGGAUCUGAUUUCCCAUUGCUGAGGGUGACUUGCUCGAGUGAUGGGAUCAGGUGGCCCAUGAUAGUCUAAUUCGCCUCCAUUUUAUCCACAUCUGGAUAAUCAUCUCUGACAGCGUUACACCAUGACACUGUUCUACUUAUGUUUUUGCAGUUACAUGGGGCUUCACGUGUGUAUUUUCUGGUAAUUUUAAUAUUUUGGAGUCCCAUCCCAUGAAUUCCUUUGACUAAACUUUCUUCCUCAUUUCGGAAAAAGUUUAUUGUGAUUAUUAACGUUUGAGUCAUCUAACUCAAAAACCAACAUAGACUCUUCUAUAUGAACACAUGUUUAUUGUUCUGUUAAAUUAUUUUAAUGUCCUCUCCAAUACGUUCUAAUGUUUUUGACACAUGAGCAAAUACAAAUGGUGUAUGUAACCUAGGACCAAUUAUGAAUUCUAACACUAUUGCAAGGUACUGGGCUCCCUACUCAAAAUAAAUGGACAAGGAAGAAAGUAGCAACUAGCCUCAAGAAUGUAAUCGAACGUUUAUUUUUCUUCAAAGUGAUGCAAGAGUUAUCUAACAAUAUUCAUCUUAUAAUAGGGAGAUACUGGCAAAAAGUUGCAGAUGAGCGCAAGAAAAGGCCAUACACGAUAACUCUUGCAGAUAAGAACGCACCAAAUGAAGAGGUGUGGAGACAGGUAUUGUGUUCCCCUGUCAAAUGCUGCAGUCAUGUUGCUUUAUACUUAAUUAAUUAAUUAAUUACCUAAUUUGUCAAGAUAUAGGUAAUAAACGUUUAACACCUAUCAAUAUCAUGACAUGAUUUUAUGCAUAUAUUUCGAUUUGAGAAUGUUCUGACAUGCCCGCGCACAUAAAAGCUAACAUUUUAUACCUUGUCAUUUGAAAAGUAGAAAUGAGGUGCACACAUUUCAAGAGGGUACUUUGGUUCUGAAAUCAUAAUAGGUCAUCCAAGUCAAAACCAAAUAGUAUUUAGUAGUUUAGACCGCUUUCAUACGAUCACAACAUUUUAUUUGAUAUUUUCUAUGGAAGACUCCUUUAACAAAGACACUAGCUCCCCUGCUGUUCCUUCCACUCUCUGCUGUUUGCUGAUGAUACUUCUGCCAUCCAGAUUGAGGAUAUGUGCCGCCACACAAAAGCUUCCGCUGUACCUGUUGUUCCUGAUUCUGAAGGUUAAUUGUCUCCUUUUAACGAUGGUACCCUUUCUAUUAAAUUUUGUUGCUCCUGUCUUAUGGUCCUCAAAAUAUUUUAUUGAAAAUUUGAGUUCGUUGUCUAGCUGGGGAAUCCAUAAAAUUGGAUCUCGUGAAGGGGUGGUGCAUGUGUGGCUCUUUUGGCUUGGUGAAAUAGCGAAGCACCUCUUUGAUACCAACUAUCAUGUGAUGCCCAAUACGGGCUGGUCCCAAGGGCGGGUCCCAUGUCUUGAUAUUACAUGCAUGCUGUGUCCUCCAGGAAUGACAUUUUUUAGCCUGCACUUAAGAAAUUCGUUUGAUGAGAUGAAAAUUCUUAUUUCUAGUAUGCUUUUAAUUAAAGGGAGAAGAUUCCAGCGAGCUUGGGGACUGAGCAAGGAGGAGCAUCUUUAACUUUAAAUGAAAAAAAAACUUUGAUCUAGGAUGAUGUGGACCCAGUGCACUUUGGGCUCAUGCAUGUCAUCUCAUUAACAUUCCCUAAGAAUAUGAUCAAGAUCCAUUUAUCAGUUCCUGUCAUUGUAGUCAAAUUAGAGAUCAGAUUUCGACGGUGAUAUUACAUUUGUAACGAGAGAUUUUAUUUUGCCUAGUUCAAUUUAUGUCAGGCGGCUUACCUACUGUCAGUCCUGUUAAGGUGAUGCGUAGUUAAAUGUAUCUUGAAAUACUGGAACGGUACUUUUCCUGGCUCAUAAAUGCAUAGUUUUCUACUGUUAUUUAAGAUUCUGGUGGAAAACUUAUGGUGGAAAACCGGCUGUCUAUGCGACAGAAAUCUGUUUAUUAGCCAACAUUAUUAGCAACUCCUCCCUUGUACGAUUGAGAUAUGCUUUACAAAACUCUUUACAUGAACGUGCAGGAACGGACGCAAAUCCAUUCUCGCUUGAUGCAUUGGCUGUUUUCAUUUUUCGUGUACUCCAACGUGCUAAUCAUCCGGUAUUCUUAAGUGUCGCUUCACACACAAGGGAGUUAAUAAAGUUAUCUCUUGUAUCUCUCUGCUAUCUACUUAACCCCUUUAUUUUGUUGUGUUAGGGAAAUCUGGACAAGGCAUCACCGAAUGCCGGAUAUGUUCUUCUAAUGUUCUACCACCUCUAUGAGGGCAAGGCAUGCUGUUGCUCUUCUGCUUCUGCAUAUGCAUGGAUUUAGAUUAAUCUUUAUGGUCUUAACAUUAUAUAUAUUUUUUUUCGUUUCAGAGUCGCAGAGAAUUUGAGAGCGAAUUAGUUGAACGCUUUGGUGCUCUGGUUAAGAUGCCUUUGCUUAAGCCAGAUAGGUAACAUUGCUCUCAAGCGCUGUUCUGAAUUAACUUUCACAUGUUCACACCUACGGAAUAAAAUAUUUCCGGACUAUGAAGGUCUAUCCCCUGUGAUGACUAAUUAAUCAUUCUUUUAUCCGUGUAUUUUUUUCUGUCAAUACUACAAUUUCAUGUGCUCAUGUCGGUAGUGCAGAUGCUGGCUAUUGUCUAUGGCAAUUACUCAGCCUUUAUUUUACCUUUUUAUUUAUUUAUUUUCUAUUUUAUGUUAAAUGUGGAAACGAGAACAUGUUUGUAUCUAAGUUGUGUCCUAGCAUGGCUCUGUCGCAUGUUUCCCCCUUGACUGGUCCUUAUCACUGCUUGAGAUGAUGGGUAGAUUGCAUGAGAUCAACGGAAGAACUGCCCUUUUUAUUAUUAUUAAAUGUAUCGAAUUAUUUCUGUUUCUGUUUUUGACUUCUGUGGGCUAGUUAUCUGGAGCCCUUUCCUGUGCAUUUGGAUUGACGUUAUUGUCAGCGGUCCAACUCUCACUUCCCUCGGAUAUAAAAUAAUUAUGUUUUUGGCUGCACAUAGUAUUUAAGAUUGGGCGUACUCAUCCGCAUUCUCACUUAUUUUGUUCUCUUUACUUGCUCAAUUUGAUAUUUCAGGAGUCCUCUACCAGAUUCAGUCAAGUCUAUUUUAGAAGAAGGCAUGGCUCUUUACAGGCUCCAUUCAAACAAGCAUGGAAGGUAGCUUUACCCUUUCUCUCGUGCUAACAUUGUUACCUGCGCUCGGGUAGCGGCAUAUUGUCACAGGGAUUCAUAGAAGAUGCAUCAUCUCACAUAAGAAUUAAGGACUGUGAGUGUCCCUGGGACAGCCGACUGACCAUAUUAUGCAAUUGCUCUGCCAUUUAUUUUCUUUGCCAUGGAAGUCCUGAACUCUCCUUUACAAUGACAUGGUUGUCGAAAGCAAUUAGGAAUCUCCUUUAUCUGGUGUUUCACUCGUUCUGCUGUUCACUGUGCAACCUACUUUUUACUUUCCAAUUCUGCUAGCACAAAAGGUUAGUAUAAAUUACUAGUCUAAAUGAGUGAGAACUGGAAUGAUACUGGCUGCUGUGGAACACGCUCUCGCUCUUGACUUAUCAUCUUGUUUGACAAACCGCACUUCAACCGCACUGCUGUGGUUAGCAUCUUCUUCAUUCACGAUGUGUCUUUCACUCUCCUCGUUAAAAUUUUUUGUUUAGAUUGGAGCCAUCCAAGGGCGCCUAUGCAAAGGAAUGGGCGCAAUGGGAGAAGCGCCUGCGCGAGGUCAUGCUGGGAAAUUCGGACCACCUCAAUUCCAUCCAGGUCAGCUGGCUCUAGCAUCAUCCCUUCCUUCGCAAUAUGGUGCUUCCUGCUCAUCUGCUCAUGCCUUUUUGUCAAGGCCUUUUGAUUUUGGCUUGGCAUGAUUCCCGGCUGGGUGGUGGUAGGAGCUGGCUGAAAAUUUAUGCAUUUUCUUCACGCUUGCAUGGUCUAUUCUUGGGUUUGCUCAGCCUGCCUGCAGUGACAUAAACUGAUGAAAGAAAGCACCAGUGCAGUGACUGCACAACUAGGCAGACAGACAAGUGAAUCCAGGUCCUGACAAGUGAGUGCCCAUGGUGGUGGUGGUGUGGUGCAGGUCCCAUUUGCCAAUGCCGUCGAACAAGUCGUGGAGCAGCUGAAAGCUGCCGCGAGGGGCGAGUACAGGCCGCCCACGCCCAGCACCGAGAAGAGGAAGUUUGGGAGCAUCGUCUUCGCCGCCGUCACCCUCCCCAUGGCGGAGGUCACCGCCGCCCUCUACAAGGUGGGCACCCUCCAUUAUUUUUCCCUUCGCGCACCAUCUUCUUUGAUUGCUCUCCUUCCUAUUAUAACGCGACGCGGGGGAUUUCUGUGUUGGCCCACUAUCAUGGAUAGCUGGCGGAGGAGGACGCCAGGGCGAGGAGGGGCUUCCUCGCCAGCAAGGACGGGGAGUUGGAGGGUGGCGCCGCCGCCGGGGCCCCUCUCCUGGAGAGGGCUCACGUGACGCUGGCGCACAAGAGGAGCCACGGGGUGACCACCGUGGCCAGCUACGGGGUCUACGUCGGCCGGCAGGUGCCCGUGGAGCUGACGGCGCUGCUGGUUUCGGACAAGCUGGCGGCGUUCGAGGCGGCUAUCGGGUGCGUGGACGACGGAGAGAGGAUUAGUUCGAAGAACGAGUGGCCGCAUGUGACGGUGUGGGCGGGCGCAGGGGCCUCGCCCAAGGACGCCAACGAUCUGCCGAGGCUCGUCUCCGAGGGCACCGCCACCCGCAUCGACAUCAACCCGCCACUCACCCUCUCCGGCACCGUCGACUUCUACUGA